AUGAUUAAACGCGGGGACCCCUUGCGCUCCAAGUUUGAGUACAAGUACCUGCUCUACGCCCUGUCCUUUGUCUCGCUGAACGUGGGAGUGUGCAACGAGUACAUUAAGCGGAAAAAGGAAAAGCACAAAAAUGAGGAGCAGAAAAUCUACUUCCACCUGACGGAGAAGAACUUCGAAUUUAUCGACAAAAGGAAGUAUGCGAGUCGACUUGAAAAUAUAUGCGCAAAUUUCAAUUUGCCCCUUGUGGCCAUUUCGGGGGCAGCAAAUAAUUACUACCCUGUGGACUACCACUUGCAGUAUUUGAAUAACCUCUUUGAGGGGAAAAAAGACGAUUUAAGAAAGUUGAUCGAAGAUGGGAAUAAAAGAAAAGUAGAAGCAAACAAACGUGUAGAUGCAAUUGUGGAGGAUGUGAUGAACUUUAUGGAAGGUCAGUGUGCAUUUACGGGUCAAGAAGGGGAAGAGGAGCACACUUCCCAAGCAGUGCAAUCCUUUUUGAGGAACCUAAAUUGGACGCACUUGAAGGAAUUCAUUUUUCAGCGCAAUAGGGUUAAGGUUAAAUCGGUGGGCGAGUUUUUGGACACUCUGAUCGAUGAGCUAUAUGCCUAUGCGUACAUCUACCUGCUGGUGAAUUACAAGAGGAACAACUUUUUCGACUUUGUGAGGAGGAAGCGGUCGUACAGGCACUGCAGUGAAAACGUGGGGAAGGAUCUCGGCUUGGAGCUGAGCAGCUACUUGGGGCUUGGUCAAGAUGACGCAGAAGCAGCGGUCAGCGUGACGGACGCUGCGGUGCAAGGCGAGCCCGUCGUGGAACCUGCCAAGUACGUCCUGAACAUCGACACGGUGAAGGAAAUUCAGGCCAGCCUGGCAACCUACGGAGUUGCCGUUUUGAAAAACUUCCUCAGAAAAGAAGACUUGGAGAAAAUAAAAAAAGAAUUAUUCCUCGACAAAAAAGAAAUGAACGUAUCGCCCCUCCUCAUGGAUAGAGAUAAUAACAUUUUCUGCAUACGACCCACAAGGGGAAGGCAGUACUGCAUACUACGCAACAGCAAAGUGAGCGACCUCUUCACAAAUUUGCAGCAAUAUUGGAUGAACGUCAUUUAUGCCUACUUACCCAUUGGGGGGUACCAAAAUGUGUACGAUUUGAUGGGGAAAAAUGAAAUUUUAAAAAUGAAUGAUUUUAAAACGGUAAAUAUAUCGUCUGAGGGGAAUAAUAAAAUAUUUUUAUCCGAAUUGCAAUUGGUGAACAACGAACCGUUGAGCGAAAUUCAGUCACACCAUGUGGACAAUGGGUUAAGUGGGGUGACCGUCAUUUUGCCGCUAAACAGGAUAAACGAAGAGUCAGGGAAUUUUGAAUUUUUCCUCGGAACACAUUUAUUUACGUCCAUAAAAAGGAAGGAAAAAAUUAAAAAUUUUAAGAAAUUUUUGCAGAUAUAUUACCAAACAGGGUCAUCCUUCAUUCCGGAUGUAAACCCACAAGACGUCAUCAUUUAUGACUCCAAGAUUUUGCACAGAGGGUUGUCAAACAAUUUGUGGGUCAAAAAUUCUUCCCUAAUUUAUCGCUACGAUUAUAGGAAGUACCCCCCCCCUGGGCAGGACUUCCUCGACAUUUGCUCGUACAACCUUAUUGGGAAAUGCAUUUCGGUUUUUAACUUUUUGGGGAAGUAUUUUUAGCGGCGUGGUCGAGGGGGGGACAAACGAACCACUCGAGGGGUGAACCAUUUUUUUUUUUUUUUUAUGUCCAUCCAGUUGCAUUCACGAAGCGCAUAUGUGCACAUUUAUACCUUCGGGGCGUCACCCCCAACAGGUUCAUGCUAACCCAUCAUCACCACUACAACUAAUUUCACAUUCCGCGGUUUAUUUGUUUUUCAACUGAAUUUUGUGUGAUAAAAAAUGGUGUGCUUUACCGCUUUUUUUUUCCCAUUCCGGGAAGGAACCAACUAUGAAGAUGUACACCACUUGGGAAGUCUCCCCUUCUUCGAUGCCCUGCACGACGCUCUC